ACAGGCAGGAAAAAAAAACGUUGCCUCUAUCGUCAGGGAGAUAAGCUGGUCGUUGCGUUAUGGGCCACAUCCUGCGUCGGGAGAUACCAGCGGAUGGAAGAUGUAGAGAGGAUGCGUUCUUCUCGUCUGUGGUUGCUCUACGUUACCAUGGCGACUUGUUGUUUACAAAUAAGAAAGAGAGAGAAAGGGAGAGCCAACUUGUGACAUACCGCAGACGUUGACCCGGGCCGUGAGAGGAAGGGGGAUCGGUAUGCAUUGUCCCCAGUCCCGUCAAAAUCACCCAUAGACUCGCUCCCGGACCCCUCCAAGUGCCCUCAACCUUACACAAUGGUCACCGCGCUCAUGUUGCAGAGUUGGAAGACACAGGGAGUGACGUGGCGGUGAAGGAGUGCGUUGAAAGGGAAAGGAUCUUGUGUGUGUGUGUGUGUGUGUGCGUGUGACGAGCUAAUGAAGGUUCCUCUUGUGCAUCAAUAGUGUGGGGGAGGAGAAGGAGGAGGAGGAGGAGGAGGAGAAGAAAGUGAGAGGAGAAAGAAAGGAAGGAGGUGGAGCAGGAGGAAGGUCGAAGUGAAAGCGAGAGGAGAAGGAGUAGAAAGAAGAAGCAGGUGAAGGAGGAAGCGAAGACAGGGAGAAGUCGGAGUGAAAGUGAGAGGAGAAGAAACAGGAGGAGGAGGAGGAGGAGGAGGAAGGACGAGAAGUGAGUGCGGAAAAAAAAAAAAACAUCAGAUAGUGAAAACACGAAUCAGAAAAAUAAAAUAAAAAGGAAGGAGGGCGUGAAAAAUUAAGAAGGAAAGGAACAAGGAGAAGGAGAGAGAACAACGACGAUAAGAAAAGAGGAGAAAGGAAAAAGGGAGGAGGAGGAGGAGGAGGAGGAGGAGGGAGUGCUCAACCAAGCCCAAAACACCCGCACCCAACACACUAUCGUACCCCAGAAAUGAAACCCUCGUCAUGGUGUGUAUGUGUCGCUGACGAGGAGGCGAAUGGGGCGUGGGUGAGAGAGAGGGAGGAGGGUGCGGGGGGCGGGAGCAGAGCCAUCACCACCAUCAUCAUCAUCAGCAGCAGCAGCAGUAGCAGGGGGGGCGGCGUGCGUGACCUGCUGGCGGUGACACGGGAGAGCUGAGGAAGCCCGAAGGAAAGAAAGGGAGGAAGAGAAAGGGAGUUACGGAGGAGCGUUUAGACAGCCACGAUGCCGCAGACAGCCAAGAAAGCACUCAAGGUCACCACGGAGAUCGACGUCCAUGCGGUGUCGUGCCCCGGGGUGUGGCUGCCGGGAAGGGGUCGCUGCUCCCUCUCGCUGUGUCUCCUCGGCUUCCACACGCGAACCAACAAGCUGCCACCGGUCUUCCCGCUGCUAUACCACGAGAAGUUCAAGUUCGAGAGGACCUUCGUGGGCGUGCGUAACCUGAGCGUGCUGGAGCGGGUGCUGGAGGCGGAGACGGUGUACCUGGAGCUGGUGCAGGAGGAGCCGUCGGGGGAGACAGUGCUGGCCGUGUUCGAGUCUUCCGUGCGUGACCUGCUCUUUCCGAAGCCCGCCGAGAGACUCUCUUACUCCGGCGUGGACCUCGACCUGCUGAUGGAACCCACGCGGGACUUUCCUGGCAUCAUCUCCCCCAAGAUCGAGGUCUCCACCAGGACCAGCGUGAGCGAGACGCGGACACCCCUGCAUCAGUGUAGCCAGGACACCGUCAGCUUCGGCCACGCCCACAACAAGAACACAAAGGCUGUGUUCCGCGCCAACUCUCCUGAUGAAGGGAGGAAAGGCGACGGGGCGGGAGGAGCGACCGGCGGCUCUAGUCCAGACGAGGAGGCGCCGGGAGCAGCACACAGGAGUCCCCGGCGAGGGGACGGUGGCUUGCGGACUGUAGGCGGGGUGGGUGGUGGUGGCGGCGGCGGCGGUGGUGGUGGUGGUAACGGUGGAGGGAGUGGCAGCGGCGGUGGUGGUAGUGGUGGUGGUGGAGGCGGUGGUGGUGGAAGGGAGGAUGGGCACAAACCUCGCUUCGUCUACCGCAAACCUGACGAUGACCUGCUCUCUCGCCUCCCCCCCUCCUCCCCCACUCGCAACACCAGGUACCUGGGCAUCCCUAGUCGCUACCUGUCCCGUAGUGCAGGUAACCUCUCGGACCUGCCGCGCACAGCCAUCACAAGCAGGUACGGCAGCCAGCGCAGUGGGCGAGGGCUGGCGCGGGCGUCGAGCGAGGCGGAGGGCGGGAGGGGCGGCGCGGGCAGCCUCUACACCCACCCGAGGCGACGGACGCGGGAGGACGUCGGCCACCGCGCCCAUGUGACUGUUCUUGACCCUGAGCGUUGUCCCCACUGCGACGGCGAGCACGGGGCGGAGUCCUGCACCACCUGCCGCACCUACCACCGCUACUUCCCGCGCCCCGCCCACCGCCGCCCGCGCGCCCACUCCCAUGCCUACCACACCAACCGCCCGCACUCCGCCCUCAAGGUGCUCCGUCAGCCCGCCCACAGGGAAAUGCGGCCCCGGAAACGCUAUCUGGCGGAGAUUGAAGGGACGCUGCAAGAUGAGAGGGACGAGCAGCUCUCCAGACGGGCCCGCUCGCUCUCCCCGCAGCGGCGCCCCACAUCGGCCCCGCUGCACCGGAGGGACGUCAGCCCCCCGCGAGGCCGCCCCCCCGCCCGGGAGCCCGAAGAGGACCUGUCGGACGAGGAGGAGGAGGCCGAGUCGAGAUCACCGUCGCGCUCCCCGUCGCCCCCCGCCAGCCACGCCUCCGCCCCGGCUGCCAUGACCCGCCCACGUCCCAGGUCGUUCAGGCGACCCUUGACCCCCACCGCCGCCGCCCGCCGCCGCAUCUACGACUCCGACGAAGACUCCGCCGAGGACCUGUACAUCCCCCCACGAUACUACCACCACCACUACUACCCCUGGGAGGACUGCCCCCUGUGUUAUUCCCACCCGCACCGGUACCCACGCCUUUCCCGCUGUGGCCUGUGUGAGCCAAGGUGCCGGUGGUGGUGUUCCCUCUGCUCCAGUUCCUGUGACUGCCUCUGCACACACCCUCUCAGGUACCGCCCCCCCUACCUCCACCACUCCAUCAGGCCAUACGUCAAAUCUUACUUGAGGCGCUUGAGGGAGCUGAAUGCCUCGGCAGCAGACCCCCUUAGUCCAAGACCUAAAUCUGCAAGGCCAACAAGAAGCAGCCCCACCAAGGACACGACCAGCGAAGACUCGGAUCUCUUUGACAGUUCCCAGGUUGACGACAUCCAGGCGGGUAUGGACAACAGGGCUCGUACCGCGAAGAGGGAAAACUGGCUGAAGGGGAAGAAACAGUCCAAGAGUGGGAGUGUUGAGGGCAAUGAAGGACAGACUAGUGCUGCCCACGUUGGCUCUGGUGGUGGUGGUAGUCAGGACAAAGAUGAGAAGAACAAUAACUCUGGUUGAGGGCAGUGUGUCUGGGAAUAACUGCAUAUCUUUUUUGUUGUUGUCUUGGCAAGGUAAGUGGGUGUAAUUGGAGGCUAUAUAUGUGUGUGUUGGGCUCUCAUUAAUGCUGACGGACAGUGGAAAGGUUAGUUUUUCUAAUAGAUAUGUAGAUUUGUUUAUUGCGACCUGUUUGCGAUGCCAUGCUUCUCAAAGACUGAGAUGUCAAUGUUGAAAGCUUGUUUUGGUACAAUGACAGAUAUUUGUAGUGUAUAUAGAAAUACAUUUAUCUUGUUUAUUGGAUGGAAGUUUAUCAGAUCAAGAUGUUUAUGGUUUGAUCACAGGCACAGAUGAUGGGUUAUGAUGGGCGUGAUGUUGUGAGGUGUAUUGUGCAUUUCAUUGAUGCAGAUUAAGAAACAGUUUACAUUGAUGUCCCUUCUGUGCACAUCACAUGAGGAGAACUCACAUGUUUACCCACACUUCAUUUUGCUUGUGUUUUAAACAGGGUAACACCAUUAAAAAUAAUCAUGCAUUGCUAAGGAAGAAACUAAAAAAAAAAAAUUACACUCCCAUUAGAUUUCAGUUUCCUUAAGUGAACUCAAAUACUAGUACAUGAUUUUAUACAUGCAUAUAUCUUGUCUCCUUGUAAAAAACGGAGCUUCUGAUGGUGCUUUCUGAACUCAAGAUGGUCAGCUACACGUCAGUCACUUACACAUGUCUUUAACAGCACCCAAGACUAUUGCUGCUGGCUGUGUCCUGAGACGAGGGACCACCACAGGCUGACAGGAUAAAGAGACAGUGCUGAGGGUCAAGCAACAAGCGUUACAUUGUUCACCUCAGCUGUACCUUGACCCAAGUGAGGAGAUUUGGUCUGCUUUGUAUGAGUGUCUGGCUGCUUAGAGUGGCCGGCCUGGCUCUUUGGGUGUACACUUGCAGUGGGUUUGGGGAGUUGCAUCUCUGACCAGAUUCCCUCCAUUGGUUCUAAAAUCUCUACUCUCAAGUUGGGGACCUUUGGACACUUGAUCCAGUUCCAAACAUUUCUUUGAUUUUUUUUUUGUGAAACAUGCAUUAUAAAAUUUGUGCAAAGCUGUAAACCAAAAUUGUUUUAAAGAAAUAUCUGGAAAUACCCUAAUUGCUCCCCGUACCCCCACUUGAGAGUAAGAAACAUUUAUGGGUAAUUAAACUGAUUUAGCUGCAAGGAAUUCCCCAGAAAUUAAAAUAAAGCAUUUGAAAAGUAAUGUUGACUAGAAUAAGAUUUCUACUCUUGUAUCUGAUUUAUCAUGUUGCAUUGUUAGUUAUGAGGUUAUCAGAAUGUAGAUUAUUUAUGCAAGUUAUUGAAUACUAAGCCUUGUUUUUAUCAUGUACUAUUUGGACAAAGUAGUCUAUCCUGUACUGUUAGGGAGAAUAGAGUAAGAGAACUCAUGUGGUAUCUUAACUUUUCUCUUCUGAAUCUUUGUAGUGUAGUAUGGUGUAGACGGCAGUGUACUGGUUGCCUGCCUAGCAUAGUGAGGUAAUGUUCUUGUAUUGUGUGUUCAAGAUGUACAAGUGCGUAGUGCCAUUAGUCAAGCUCUUAAUCCAACGUCACUCACUGCCAAAGGUGUUCCAUCAGUUCUGGAAUGAUGGGGAGGAACUAUGUUGCUCUUAUAAUAAAAAAGGAAGCUUGCUCUAGUUAAAGCCUUGUCACUACAUGGUAAAUACACCACACAUUCCCUGCGUUGAAUGAUGUUAUGACAGCAGUUUUUAUCAAGGAGUUCCAAAACUGAUACAACAGUGCACCCAUAGCCACCAGCAAUGUUUAGUUUACACUCAAGGCAAUGAUAAACAAUCUCAACAAUACUUUAAUUACUAAAGACGAGGGGAAAGAAACCAGAACGUACCAAAUACUUGUAUAAUCAAUUCUUUGAUCAAAAAUAGUGUCUGCCACACAGGGCAAAUGCAUAACAAUGAGAUGAUCACAUGGCCUUAAAGGAAAUACAACAGGGAUAUGAUCAAUAGUUCUCCAUAUUAUAUCUUUAAACAGAACCUGUGAUAAUAAUAAAUACAGUAUCAAUCAGCAAGGCUCAAGGCAAGAGUACCGCAGUACAUGCUCAUAAUCCUUAAUACCCCGUAAAUAGUGAGGGAGACACCCGACUUUGAAAAAUCAACCCACCAAUGUGUGAUGCUGACGAAGCUAAUUACGUUAAUAAGCUAAUGAAGUGCAUGUUCACUAUUCAUUUUUUCCUAACCCAUGACUAACAAUUAACAUAAAAUCUAUAACCCUUAAAAAUCGUCUGAGUGACAACUACAAUGGAAAAAAUAACACGUCACAGACUCGAAAUGCUUAAAACACUUAAUUCAAUGCACUUGUUGCCCAGACCCUCCUCAUCCCACACACCAGGAGGCGCGGUGACACUCCCAACCCACCAGCGCUGGCGGCACAGCCACCCCCUUCACGGCCUCACCAUGGAGAUUUGUUUCCUGCCCUCUGGUUCAUAACAAAAAAUGUUAGAUCACUGUGAAUCACUGGUCAACAUAACCAAUACAUCCUCUCCUUUCCUGACUGCUCUUGUGGUAAAUUUAAAUCAUGAAUAUUAUUUAUUAAAACAAGUAGUAUAUCCCUAAGCUGUUGAUUCCUUUUUAGUUUGAGGCAGUUUUCUUUUGUUUCUGGUGAUGCAAACCACUAGAGAGCCGCCUGAAGGGGGCAAGUUUCCCCAUCAUUGUGACGUCACUCACCAGCGCUGAGAAAUUAACAGCCCGAGAGAGAGAGAGAGAGAGAGAGAGAGAGAGAGGACUAGGCUUAUAAAGUAGAAACAGUAGAUCACACGUUCAGGAAAAGUGAGGGUCACUUCAUAUCAAAGAUAUUUUUUUAGUUACUGCACAAUAGAAUUGAAAAAAAGGCCUUUUUUUGUAACUGUGAAUGAAAGUUUGUCACAUUAAGGAGCCACAGAGAAGACUAACUAUAGAAAAUAACAGGAAAAAUUGUGCAAAAAAGAAUA